UUAAAAUCCAGACCUUGGAUGAAGAAGAUGAUGAAGAACCUGGGAAUCGUGCUGCUUUGCCUCGCUGCUGCUGCGUCUGCUACUGGACCAGGCAGCUGUGUGGGUCGCUGUGGGGAGGUUUUCACCAGAGGUCAGCAGUGUACCUGUGACUUCAGCUGCAUUCAGCACAAGGAGUGCUGCCCAGACUUCCAGGCCAUCUGCACCACCACUCCAUCCUGUCAGGGUCGCUGUGGGGAGACGUACAGGAGAGGUAUGCCCUGCGAGUGUGAUCCUAUGUGUCUCCAGUACAACACCUGCUGCCCGGACUUCCAGCUGCACUGCGAUGCCGCUGUGACCAUCCCACGUCAUGGAAGCUCCCAGUCUCAGAGGAACACUAACUCCAGAAAAAGGAACACAGGCAAGGGACGGCAAAGGUCCAACAGCGAGAGUGAGGAAUGGUACACAGAUUCAGGUAGAUUCGGCCCCACCAACCUACUGCAAGCUGGCUCUAUGGGCUCCGCUCUUCCUGUUGCUCAAGGUGGACAAAAUAUCCCAGGGGGCCUGUUGCCCAGGCAAGUGUCUACCUCUCUAGGUGGGGCUCAUUUCCCAGCAGGUUAUCUUUCCCAGCCCAGUAAUGGUGCUCUUCAUUCGGAUGGCCGUGUUCCUGUUGGCUCAUCCACAAACGGAGCUGCAGAGGGGAAACUGAAUGUCCAGCUUGUGAUGACCCCAGGGAGCCUCAGUCCAUCUGGUCCCAAUCAAGCCGGAGGUCCAGCUGAAACUAGACCCAGCACCCUGCUGGAUUUGGCCCAGGCUUUGGGUCUCUCUGCCGGGCAGAGAGGGCCUGAAGGAACUGGGACAGGACUCCCAUCUGACGCAAACCUGUGCAGUGAGGCCCCUAUCAACGCGCUGACAGCUCUCAGCAAUGGGACUAUGCUGAUAUUUAAAGGUGAGUUAUUUUGGGCAGUUGACUCCAUCAGAGGCUCUAUUGGUCCUCCACAAAACAUCACAGAGACUCUGGGGGUCCCAUCUCCCAUCGACACGGUCUUCACAAGGGUCGGCUGCAAUGGAAACACCUAUAUCAUUAAGGGAGACCAAUGUUGGCGUCUGGAUGAGAACCUGGUUAUGGAGCCUGGAUACCCCAAACCUUUAACCUCUGAGUUUCCAGGUCUGACCGGACCCAUCAGUGCGGCUCUGAUGGUGCCAGCCACCAGAAACGGACCAGAGACUGUGUUCUUCUUCAAGCCGGGAGACAUGAUGCAGAAGUUCACCUUUCCUCCUGGUAGCACUGCUUCCUGUAGGGGCAAACCAAGGAGCUCCUUACAGAAAAAACUUGCCCAAAAGGCUGGAGAUGCUCUUCUGAGUGGGGAGAUCAACAUCAAGAUUUCUCUGACGGGCUUUCCCACCCCGAUCACCUCUGCUCUGACUGCACCAAUCCCUGAGAGCCCCAGCCAGUUCCAACACUUUGUCUUCUCUGGGCCUCUCUAUUUCAGAGUCCAGAUUUCAGGAGACCUGCCAGCGCUGGCUAAACCACAACCCCCCCCUAUCCUGAGCCCUCUGGUCACAGGGACCAGCUCUGCAGGUCAGAGCCAGAACCCUUCCCAGCAGGCCAACUCCAUCAGAUUCUGGCUGGGCUGUCCAUAGACGCCUCCAGCAGACGGAGCCUUCUG